GUGACGUUCGGCUCAUCUUUUAGGGGCGCCUUCUCUCUUUUAUAGCUUUCCCAGCAUGCACGAGACAUCGAGGAACAGAGAGAGAGAGUUUAAUCUGAGGCUGGUGACUGAAAGAUGCAAGUCCUGCAGCAGAGCAGGUGAAAACCUGACAGACUGUGAGCCAAGACCCUGCGGGGGGAUUUCCAUGUUUAGACCCUGCUGACUGCUGAUUCCAGCCUCCUGAGAGACUAAGCAGACCCCCACCACAACCCCUUCUACCUCCACCACCUCCACCUCUCAGCUGCUUAACUUAACUAGAUUCAAGGGCAGCAACUGUAAUCAGGGCUACUUGCUUUUUUCCUGCGCCUAACUCUCUCCUCACUUUAUGCCAAAAAAAUCUGAAAUUUUAAGGUACUGGCAACAUCUGCUUAAUUGCACCAUGCAGAGGAGCCCCUGCCUGCCUCAUACAGAGGCUGAACAGCAUCGUGUGAGUGAGGGUGGCGUGUCUAACAGUUUCAAAGCCCUUGGAUGCCAGGAGCAGCUGGAUCCCAAGGACAGUCAGGUCUCUGAGGACCCCCAAGAAUACUGUUAUGGUGGGUACCACCCCAUCCAGAUAGGGGACACCUUCAACAGAAGAUACCAGGUGGUGUCCAAACUCGGCUGGGGUUAUUUCUCCACUGUAUGGCUCUGCCAGGACCUCAAGCUAGGUCGGCGUGUUGCUGUGAAGGUGUUGAAGAGUGGGGCUGGCUUCACCCAGGCUGGAGAGGAUGAACUGGCUCUCCUGCGAUGUGCCAGUGGUUCUGUGGGCCGUCACCCCUUUGGCCAAAGGAUUGUUCGACUGCUAGAUGAGUUUAAGCUGGUUGGGGUCAAUGGGGUACACAUUUGCCUAGUGCUGGAGCUGCUGGGGCCUGACCUGAGAUGCUUGCAGCUCUGCUUUGGGAAUCCAGGACUGUUGCAGCCUUGGGUCAAACAAAUACUUAUCCAGGUCCUGCAGGGGCUGGACUACCUUCACUCUCAAUGUAAAAUCAUCCACACAGACAUCAAGCCAGAAAACAUCCUUGUGUUUCUGGAAGAGCAGUCCCACAAAGCACCAGCAGGGGGCAGUAGCUCCUCCUCGUUACAGACUGGGAAGGAAGCCAGUUCACCAGAAAGCAAUCAGGUAAACCUGUACAGCUUAAAGGAAAUUGCAGUGAAGAUUGCUGACUUGGGGAGCUCCUGUUGGGUGUACAAACAUUUCUGUGAGGAGAUCCAGACCCGACAGUAUCGCUCACUAGAGGUUUUGCUGGGAUCUGAGUAUGGCCCACCUGCUGACAUCUGGAGUGUCGCAUGCAUGGCCUUUGAGUUGAUCACUGGAGACUCACUGUUUGAGCCCAGAGCCAGAGAGUCCAUUUCCCUGGAGGAAGAUCAUAUUGGCCAGAUAACGGAGCUGCUUGGCAAAAUCCCGGCCGCUGUUGCCUUGUCGGGUAAAUACUCUGCUGAGUACUUCAGCUGCAGAGGCGACCUGCGUCGUGUCGGUCCGCUGAGGUUCUGGAGCCUCUAUGAGGUUUUGGUGGAGAAAUACCACUUCCUGUUGGAGGAGGCCUCUGGGUUCUCUGACUUCCUACUUUCCAUGUUGAAUUAUCACCCAGAGAAGAGGGCCACUGCUGCACAGUGUCUCCGCCACCCUUGGUUGACUUCUUGUUAGCUUCUUGUUAGGCCUCUGCAGCCCUUAUAGACAGAUGCUUCAAGUUGCUGCUAGACUUUGUCGAUUUCAGGGCAUCUUUGUGUUUUCACAGCAUCUGAUGGGCUUCUUAUACAACAUUCAAAAAAGAAGAAUUUGAACUUCGCUACAAGAGCCCAGCAAAGCACAAUGAGCUUUUUCAACUUCCUUGUGAUCUUUUAAACAACCAUGAGACGCUCAGCUCUGACACUGCUAAUAAGUGUGAAGUUCUCAACCUGCAACCAAGUGUGGUUUAGUAAUUCUUUAGUAAUUUUGAAAAUGAUUUUCUAUCUGAGAAUGACUCAAACUGUAAUAAUUUGUUGAUCUUUUACAGUGCACGUGCUCGUUUAGUUUAAGUUUUGUACAGUAAAGUGAAGCACUUUAAAGAACAAAGUGACAUUAGGAGUGCAAAUCCAAGUCAAGCCUUUUUUGUUGUUGAUGUUUGUUUUACAUGAGCUCAAAUCAUCUGAUUAACCCUAAAUUAAUUCUGUAGCGACUUGUAAACCAGAAAAAUAUGGGUUUAGAUAUAACCCCCGCAGAGCCUGAUUACAACAUCCACACCACUGAGUCAGCCUAGAAUGACAUUAAGAGACUGAAAAAAAUUCCAAAACCAAAACAAUCUGAGAACUGUGUGCAAGUGCCAAGAGAACCAGUGCUGUGUAUGGUUCAUUUAAAAGUCCAAGCUAUCUGACAGUUUUGGUCAGAUCAUUUUGUCUUUCGUAUGUAAAAAGUUUACACGUAACUGGUUCUUAUACUUAAAUCUUCAGCAAGGACAAGUAAAGACUAACCUGACAAUGAUUUUCAAGAAAAGAAUCUCUCUACAGUAUUUCAAAAGAAGCAGGAUGUUUCUCUCGCUGAAGAAAAAAGUUUUAUAGAAAUAUGUGAGAGAAAAAAACGACUUCAGCUUCAUUGGUUCCUGACCUUAGUAAAUACAUCUUACUUAUUUAUUUUGUAAAUCAUGACGAGCAUUUGUGAGCAGAGGAACAAUGAAGCAGGAUGCGCUUCGAGGCUGGACAUCGCAAAAAAGGGUCUUCCAAAAAGGUCACCAUGGCUGCCCCCAUCUUUCAUAUACAGUCUAUGCUAUUUUUCUUGGAUGGUGACUGUUAAUGCAUCAGACGCUGCAUUUAUUGGGGUUGAGCUUCGUAUAAAAAGAACUUUCUGGCACUGCAAACAGCUGUCCACUUUGAAACACUUUGAGUCGAUACAUGUUCUCAGAGACAGGCGCAUUCAUUCAGCAUUCACCUGGUCAUCAGUGACCCAUCUAGUGUUGUAGUUAGGGCUGGGUUUUGUUUCUGCCACAUGUUAAACAGGUGGAUUUUCAGGUAGAUUUCAAAUCUUGUCUUAAAAGCUUGUUUCCUCUUUUGGUGUUCAAAAUAGCUGGAAAUCCUUCAGAAAGCCAAACCCUAUAGUUGACAGUAGAUGGGUUACACAGACCUGGGGGACGGUCAAAGGUUAAUGCCAUCUGUUGCAAAGCUCUGUAGGGUGAAAAUUACAGAUCAGAGAAAGAGAUUGUCAUUGAAAUACACUCAUGUUGAGCGGAAUAACUGGAAAAGAUCAUAUCCGACUGUCAAGCUAAACCAGAGUGUUGGAUUAUCGUCAAGGAGAGCACAGGGAAAAAAGGCACAUAAAGCUACACAUUCUAACAACUUGACCUUAUUCCCUGUAACCAGAGCAUCAAAUAAUAAUCUGACUUGUCCUCAUGAAAACUAAACACAGUAACAUCAGCAAAGUUGCACUGACCAGGACUCUCGUGUUAGGACUGCACAACGUUUUUAGAGUGUAUGUUUUUUACAUAUUUGAUAUUUUCAUGUGAGUUCUCCUGUAGUGUUUCAUCCUAUCCAGCUGUAGGCUCGACACUCCACCAGUGGAUUUUCUUUAUAAACGACCGCGUAACCACACUCUAUCCUGAUCCGGCGACACUUCUUGGGCCACGAGGUGGGUUUCAUCGGGCUGCAAAGGAGAAGCAGGGAAGAGAGAGGUGCUUUCAUGAGGCUACAGUCAUUUUAAUAAAUCAGCAGUGUUGUGCAAGUUACUUUAAAAAAGUAAUUAGU